GCAGCGGGGACGGAGGGGGUGGCGAGAACACGACGCACCACCACACAAACCCCACACAGGGCAGAUAACGGUAACGGCAAACACAGCUCCAUUUCCGGGGCUGGGAGAGGCGAGUGCACACGUAACCCGAGUUUUCGCGGAGCUGUGGUACAGAGGGGCGGCGUUGGCAGCAGCUUCCCCCCUUCUCCUCGGCUACCAGAGCCCAGUGGGAUCCGUGUCCCCGCCCGCCCCGGCCCGGCCAGGCCAGGCAGCCAUUCGUCAGUAGGAUGGCGCCGCGGUGAAGGGAGGCUCGCUGUCUCUCUCUCGCUCACUUACUUACCCCUCCUCCCUUCAGAAGCUGCACAAAGAAAACGCCACACCCGCAUUCCGUGAAGAGAAAGCAGCAGUUUAUAAACAAGAACAAGAUACACUUACAGAUACGGAGGAAGAUGGAGGGAGAGACGAUGCUGUCGAUGCUGCAGGAAGCCUCGGCGGGGAGGGAGCGCCGGUCGGCGGGAGCCUGGAGGAGCAGCAGCGCGAGGUUCCACUCCUUCAGCGCGAGCCUGAGUUGCAGCCGUCUUCGGCGAGUGCAAGCCCUCCUGAAUUACAGCAACAAGCAGAAAUCUGAUGGAAUUCUCUGCAUUCUGGGUAUCGAUAGCCGAUAUAACGAGGGCUGUAGAGAAUUGGCAAAUUAUCUGCUCUUUGAUCUGUAUAAUCAGACAAACAUUGAUUCUGAUGUUACUGAUUUGCCUGAAGAGGUGUUCGAUGAUGUAAUCAUACUGAUAAAGUCUGAAAGUGUUCAUCUUUAUUGCAACCCGAUAAAUUAUAAUUAUCUUCUGCCUUAUGUGGCAUACUGGAAAAAUCUGCACUUGCACUGUUUGACAGUAAAAGAAUAUGAAGAUGAAGAGCUGGCAGAAGAGUUUAAAAUUACCAGCUUUGUCAACAUGGUGCAAGACUGUUGCCGAAUUCAAGUUCCAUACAGUUUCCAGGGCCAUGUUCGGACGUUUGACAUGUUCAUUGUUGAAAAGUGGCCCAUUGUACAAGCAUUUGCCCUGGAAGGAAUUGGAGGAGGGGAGUUUUUUACAAUGAAACAUGAGAUGUUUGAUGCUAGCGAGGAACUUUGGCAAGUGUAUAGCAGCUUGGAUCCAGUUUCCCUGGAAGUCUUGAUCACUGAGGAUUUGGUGGCAUUUGAGAAACAAUGGGACAGCUUCUUUUCCAAUUUUGACAUUGAGAAUUCGUCCUCUCUACUGGAACUUUCAGAAGCACAAUCUGGAGAGCCCCUUGCCUCCAGAUAUACCACAUAUAGCUGGAAGAGCAGACAAAUGGGCUGCAAGCUUCUUCAUGGCUUUCAACACCAAUGCUCUUUCAUGGAUCAACUAUCAGGAGGCAUGAUGCCUUUUAGAACGUACUUCAGCCAUGGGUUGAUAACGAGUCAAAUUACAGAAAAAAGUUCUUUAUUCAGCACUCAUCGCCAGCCUUUUGUUCUUUUUGGUUGUCACUCGACAAAAGAAAACUUAAACUCAUACAGCUUCACUUUUCCAUCUGAGGGUCACCUUGUUAAAAACACAAACAACAGGGGAGGCACUGCCAGGCAUAUGGUUGUGCAAUGUACAUCUCCCAGAGGACCUUUGGCAUGCUCAAGGACAUACUUCUUUGGAAACACUCAUGUACCUUACAUGUCCAAAGACAGCAAUCAACAGAAAAAUGAUGAUUUUUUGGUGCUGCCACAGAUUUAUAUUGCUGUAGUAGAAGCAGUGUUGGCUAGCAUCCGAUGCUACGUAGAAACUCCCAGCAUAAAAAUUGCCAAAGAAAUUGCGGAAGAUGUUUUUCUUUCAACAUUGGAUUGCUAUGGUCUUGGUCACUACAAACCUAUCCUAAGAUCAAAAUUGUGCUUUCUGAUUGAAGCUGUGAAUAGCCAUGGAACAAUCAUCUCAUUGGAGAGCCAUUCAAGCAAAUUCCUCAUUAAAACCGCCUCAAUGACUGUUUAUGACAUUCCAGAUUUAACAGGAGGAAAAGGGACUCUAGGAUCCAUAGUUUUCUCUGAAUCAUUCAUAGAAUCUAAAAUAUUUUUGAAAGAAAAAGAUGGUACUAUGUCUACAGACAGCAACUACAUGAUUCUCUCAGCAAUUGUGCCUCGAUAUGUUUCUUGGAUGGUUGAGGAUGCUGAGGUGAAACUUUCAGAGGAGGUGCAGCAAGUACUGAAGGGCGGCACAGUGGCACAGCAGAGCGGCACAGAGACGCAGUGGCAGAGACCCGGGUUCGGAAGACCGUUUAAUAGUCUGAAGAGAAUCGUGACAAAAGAUAACAUUUUAUUUGAUCAAAUGAAAGAACAUUUUCUUGGCACCUUGCUUAUAGGUGGAGACUCUGCAUAUAUUUAUUCUGGCAGUUCAGUUGCCAGACCAGAAGAAGGCAAACUCUUCAUCUUUUCUGAAGGCAUCUUGUUUAUUCAUCCUCGCUCUGGAAGCAUGACUAUUUCAAAGAAUCAUAUGGCUGCACUAAAGUAUUAUGAUGGGAAUUCUCCAGGUGUUGUUGGAGUCCUUAUCAUUGAAUAUAAGAAAACAUUGCUUCCCCAUCUGCCCAUUCAUUUGCACUCAACAUCGAACUGCCUGAUGUUUGCACUUAUGCCAGGCUCGAGAAUUUAUAAAUCAUUUUACGCCCAGGUGAUGUCGACAUGGCAGAAGAUGGGAAAAUCUGGGAUUGCACUAAAGAUCUGUCAGAGAGAGCAAUUAUCAGAGGAACAGAAACAAUUACAUUGCAACUUAGAAAAGGUUUUCGAAGUCCAAUCUAGAACAAGAAAUGAAGAAAGGAGCCGUUUAAAACAAUUCAGUGCUGAUAUACUAGGACUUGAUGUGUUUGUACAACAUUUUGCCGUGAGUAGCAUGAGCCACGAGCCAGUCAGAAGUUCUGAUCUACCCAUAUUAUUACAGCAACCAAGUUCGUUCUCUUCAGAGAGUGAUGAUCAGAAUAAGAUGGUGAUCACUAUUGUUGCGGGUCUACCUGGCAGUUACAAAGAAGAACUGUGUACCUACAUUGUUAAUCUGACUCAAGAGCAUGGAAGAUGGUCAGUUUACCGGCAGAUGCUCGAUAACUGUGAGCCAUUCAAUUAUGGUCAAAUCCACCAUUUUCUAUCAAGUGUUCUCGAAGCACAGAGAAAUAGAACAGUUCGCCAAUCUGUAUACUCACGAAGGAAAGUGAGAUUACUGAUCGUCACACCAGGAUACACAGAUGUUAUUGAUGUUGUGCAAGCUAUCCAGAUGCAUCCAGACCCUGAGGUUCAAUCUGCAUUUGUCAUCGGUGCUGUCACCACCUGUAUUGAUCCACUGUGCUCAACUAUGGAACACAGGUUACUUUUCCCUAAGCUUUUGGAUCAAUGCUCUCAAGGUGUUGUCAGUAAUGUUGUUCUCACAAGCUUGACCUCUGAGCAAAGACAUCCACUUCUGGUACAUCUGCAGAAGUUGAUUCGUGUAGCAAACCCCAGGACUGCAUUCAUUCUAGCAGAAAAGGGGGCAGUGACAAGGAAUGCUGAUAUUGAAAUGAUUCUGUCAGGAAGCAGUUUCUCAGAACCGUUUAUGUUGAGAACACGUUAUUUGAUGUUCCCUGGCUGGUGGAAUGGCAAAUUCAGAUCGGGACCAAUUUUCCCACAAAUGACUCAGAUCUGCAUUCGGUUCAGCUGUUCACUUGAUAAAGCACGAUUUGUGACAAAGUGUAAAGCACUGAGAAAUACAUUGAAAUCAAGUCCAUUCUGUGGAAAUACUUAUCAUAUUCGAGCUCAACUGAAAUUUUCAGAUUCCGAGAAAAGAUUUGAAAUUUGCCACAACAUCCAGACCAAUAUAUUCACUGCGCAUCCCUUGGAAGAUGGCCCUUCUCCACCUCCUCUGCAAGGUGAUGGGAGGCUGAACAGGAAACCUCUGGGCAGUUUUGUUGUGUUCAUUGGCUGCAUGCUGAAGGAGGAAACAAUGAAGGACUGGCUGCGACAGUGUGCAAGACAGAAACUUAUGAAGAAGUCCCUCAAGACAUUUGAAACCCUCACCAAGCAAGAAAUUAAGAAUAUCCAUAUAAAACGUCAUUUAGAGCUACCUCCACCUGGUUGGUUUUAUAAUGGGAACCAGUUUGUGAACUUCUUUGGCGAGAAGAGUGACUAUCAUCCAUUGAUGGACACAUUCAUAGAAGAAUAUCUGUUGGAGGUCAACAAAGACAUCGAGAAACACAAUGCAGAGGUUGAAAAACAAGAAAGUCAAGAUCUCUUUGAGCCAUAAAUAUUGAUAAAGUCUGAUGUGAUUUGAAUGCAACAGGACAACAAAUUACAGAUUAUCAACGUUGUCUAAAGCUGAAUUAGAGCUGGUAAAAUACCAAAUCUUUUUCCUGUGCAUUGAUGCAUCUCAAAAUGUAACUUAAAAGUUUCAAGCAAGAAACCUGCAGGAAUUUACAACUGUUUAUACCUGAAAAUCAAAUGUACGGAUGGAAUUUUCCACUGCUGAUUUAACUGAGGAUAAGCUGCAAAGGGAAGUAUAAUUGAUGCAAUUCCCAGUUCACACGUUGGGUCACAUUUAACCCAACAAAAUAUAAAACUCGACACUUUAUUCAUUUUCAAGCUGCUUAAAGUGAACACAGCUUGCCCCAGAAGAAAUUUAAGUUACAUUGUUUGCUGUUCUUGAAAAAGUGCAGUACACAUAACUUCAUGCUGGAAUAUUGAACACGUAUCCCUGCUCAAAUUCACUCAGAAGGAAAACUAAUUGAACAAAACGAAUUGAUAAAAUUAACACAAAUCUUUUAACCAUGAUUUUGGAAAAAUAGUGGUAAUUCCACCUGACCAAUUGCUCGCAAGUUGUACUUAAUAUAAUUCCUCUGAAUAGUUCCAUUGCUCUGGAGCUCAUGUUUUUUUUCUCCCAAGUUCUUUUUUCUGCAGUUAGAAUUGUCACUGAUCUACUUGGACUUGUAAUAUGUGAAAGCUGAGUUUAGCAAAGUUACUCCACAUAAUUUGGUAUAGAAGUCCUUUAUCAGGGAUUUAGUGCAUACGAGGAUUUACAGAGUUAAAAAAUAGGAAUGUAGCUAUGGUAGCUCAUGUUCUUGACUAAAAAUAAGCCAUAUUUCACAUACGGUCAUUAGUGAUAAAAGCAGAAUAAGUCUACUCCAUCAUUCAAUCAUGGCUGAUCUAUUUCUCCCUCCUAACCCCAUUCUGCCUUCUUCCCAUAACUCCUGACACCUGUGCAUCUGCUAAUGUCUACAAUCUUAACACUAUAUGUACCUUUAUGUUAUGCAGAGAAACAUUGAACUGGGUUGUUAAACCUAAAGGUCUAGAUUAUUUUUUUUUUUAAGUACCAUCUUGCACACAAUGCUGCUUCAGUAAUUUUACUAAUAUCUCACUCUGUCCCAGCCCUCAAAAGUUUGGGCCUAAUGCUGUUAUUGGAAAAGUAAACCAGUGAGUUGGGAGAAAGUGCAUUACCAGAUUUUUUUUUAAAUUGUUAGAUAAUAACUAGUUAUUCCAAUUGAUAAAAUUUAGGAUAACUAAGAGGUAUUUUUUGCACAGCUCAAAACUUUCCAUAAAUAUUGAGAUGCCUGCAAGUGUAGUAAUUUGUAAAAUUAUUUGAAAGAUAAUUUCCCAUAUAUAACAUAUUAGCUAUGAAGCAUUCAAUGGUGGAGCAGAGAAAAGGCGAAACUUUAUGAACCUUCACAUAAAGAGAAAAGCAAGUUUAGAAACCAUGUACAGCUAAGCAGUUGGAUUGGUGGAAUAAUUUGCAGUCAAUUGAAAAUUGUGUUCCUGCCCUAUUCUCCACAAACAAUUUGAAUAACAUUGUGGAUAGUGGCCUUAUCGACUUCAAAUGCGAAGUGAUGUGUUCAGGUUUAAUUGUUCAUGUUUGUUCCACAUUUACACAAUUCCUUUUGAAAAAUGUGAAGAAAAAAAUGUGUGGCUGCACUUUGUAUUUUGUAGCUUGCGCAAGUCAGCUACACUGCUCUAGUUAGAAUUUGGGUUCCAACAGUUUAAAGUUUACAAAAUUCUAUGACUUGUUUCGGAAAGUAAGCCCUAAUCUGUUCGAGAUGAAGCUUGUAAAACUGCUAUGCAUCGUGUCAGAUAUUGCACUUAAGUACUGAUGGUACUCACCAGAUGAAUAAUGUAACCACAUUAUGUAGCAUACUUUUCUAUCUGCAUCAGUGGUUUCAUUGAUUUACCUGUCUCAGCUGUACUCAUUUAAAUUUUGAUAAGCAUGAUACAAAAACAAAGGCAAUGCUCUGUCUAUUUGUAUCUCAAAUCAAACGGUUGUCAUUUAGUACUGAAAAAAAUUGAUAUAUGCGUGAAAUUUUUAAAGCUUUGCCAAUUUGGUAAAGUAGUUAUGGGUAGAUCGUGAAAUAAUACAGAAAAUAAUUGAUGCAUCAUUUAGCCAACACAGGAGUUCAAAAAAGAAUAAGAUGUAAACCGAUCCAUUUGAACUGCAAGAUCCCCUUAUUCUAAAAUACUUACCAAGCUGAGAAUAAAUAUCUUGCAUAUUAUCUAUCCAUUUAAGUGCUUAAAUGGAAAAAUAGUCUUCCUGAAUUCAAUGUACACCUGUCUCUGUGUGUUAUUGAGUUCUUGAUUAUGCAUGUAAAUCACCUUUAUGCAUGAAAGAUGGUUGAUUACGCAAACCUUAAUUAAAAAGUAAAUGCAGUCAAGGGGACUGGCUAUUAGCGUAGGAUAAUGCUGCCAUUUACUUUAAAUGUGCUCAAUAAAUAUAUCUCAAAUGCAUAAGAACUUUAUUCCAACCUUCAUUAAUUUUCCUCAAGUUUGACCUUAUUCAAGUAAAACAAAUUGAUGCUACAACUUAAUAAUUUUGUUCAUUUAAGAGAAAUGUCGUGCCAGUAAACCUUGCAUGAAAUUCUCUGUGAUGAUUUAGAUUGUUAGGAUGUGCAAUUUUAAAUUAGAGACCUGUUCUCCUAAUUACUCUUGAAAUUUCAAAAGUUAAAUCACUUUGAUAGAAAACAUUCUUGCACCUGUUAAAUUGGAAUGCUAAGUACUUUGUGGAAAAGGCUAUGUUACUGUGAUGUAAAGCCUUCCACAUUUCAACAACAAAAAAUCAAUUUUGCUCCAUUUAUCAGAGGUUCACAACAAAUUGUAUCUAUGAUGGUUGCAUGCUGAUCACCAAUAUGAUCAAUAAGUACAGUCAAUACUUCAGGCGCUCUUUAUGUUUUGCUGCAUUGGUAUGAUAAAGAAUGUUUUCUACGGGUUCUACACAUAUAUAUAUAUAUAUACAUACAUAUAUAUAUCUUGGGACAAUGAAGCGUGAAUAAAAUAAAUGGAGAAAUAAGCUGAGGGCAUUUUUGAUAUGAGCAAAUGGCAGUUUAUCGGAUCUAGUUAGAUUUAAAAGUAGGCAACUGUAGGAAGUCUUCCCCGAAAAGUAGACUUUACAGCUAUGCUGUGUUGAUAUCCUGAUGGGUUUGAGUGUUUGUUUACCACUAUAACCGCAAUCAUUAUUAAUAUUGCUGGGACAGCAAAAAAAAAAGAUUUUUUUUGGAGUCUCAAUGUAGUUGUGAUGGACGACGUCAAGAGUUUUUAACUGAGAUAAUACGAUCUGUAAAGAAACAGUACACAAAAAUAUAUUCAAGCUUCAGAAUGUUAUCACGGUGAAGCUGUACAACGGCUCAGCAUUAAGCUACGCUGACAUUGGAAGGUUCACCGUGAUUGGGAUGGGGCGUAUGUCUGUAUUAAUUGGAGAGGUAAAUUAUCAUGCAGGAUAAUCAGUCUAUUGAAAGGAAAUCAUCACCCUUUGGUAAUAAAUCAGUUAUACUGAAUUUUGGAUUCAUCAAAAUAGUCAACGUGUGACCUGUCUGUGACAACGGUUGCAAGGAAGCUGCAUGAUUUUACAGAGUUAUGGAAGGGUCGUCCAUCAUUGACGUAUGAAUAGUUAAGAUGCUUACACUAAGAUGGGGUUGUGUAUCAGGCUACAUUAAAAUGUUAGUUUAACAUCAAUGACUUUUGUGCUUAUGAAGGCAUGAAGAUGAUCAGUGUACGAUGUAGUCAGUAGUUGUAUUUCAUGGCACAUUAAAAAAAUAGAUUUACUGUGAAAUUAUUCGCCACACUUAAUUCUCAACUUAUGGGAACAGUCAGAUUUUGGCUGCUACUGACUUAGUUCAUUUUCUGCAGUGUAAUUCUGCAUUAAAUAAAAAUUUAAGGAGCAGAUUAUUAUGCAAGGCGUCAAACCUUACACUAACAGAAAUGUAAAAUACUAUUGUAAGCUAUACAUUUUAUGGCUUAUGAAUUGAUUAAUGGCAACAGAACCUUGGGUGUUAAUCACUUAUUGGUUUAAAAGAAAACCAGUACAUGUAUGAUGUCAAAUCAUACAUGUAUUACAGGAUACAGUAACCUAUUCACAAUUCAGCCUAGAAUACAAGAAGCCCACAUCACAAAAGAAUUGGCAGGUCAAAACAUCCGUAGAUAUAUAGAAAUCUCACGACAUCUGAAGGAAUUUAUUUCUUGGAUAUUUUCAGAUUAAAAUAUAAAAUGUAUUGGCAGAAAUGUUGGUGCAAGUUCAGUGGAUGAUUUUACUAAGCACAGUUAGAAUUUCUAAGUGUGCAUAUGUUUUGGGCUACCGUAGUUUCUAUUAGGUUGUUUGGUGUUUCUGGCGUUUGACAGGACUGGUUCUACAAGUAAUUUGAAUUCAAGGACAGCUCUAUUAAAGUAAUUACUCACAGAAGCAGUUUCUUGAAUUGAGAUGCUUUGGGUUCCUGGGCCUCCUGUUAAUUUGACGUUUAAAGCUUACUAUUAAAAGCUGGUGUUGGAGAAAGUGAUUUAAUAUCAAAGGAACUGAGUAUUUUUUUUAAAGUAUCUAAAUGCCAAGCAGGUGUUUUGAUGUUAAACUAUUCGCAGGCCUUAACAGUAUGCUUGCAUUUCUAUUGUUGGGAGUGUCUUCUACUGGUCACUGAAGUUAUGGGACAUGUAUUUGUUGAUGGGACACUGCAACUUAAAUUAGCCUAUAUUCUCUGGUUUACGUGACCUGAGGGUUAAUUUAAGUUAUUAUUUAAUUGUUCCUAUUUGGAAUUCUAACAGUAUUUGCACAUAAUUAAUUCAAUUACAGAAUUGGUAUUUAGAUAAAAGGGAAUACUUUUUACUGUAAUUUGCUACAACGUGAUGUAAUUUUAAAUACAUCGUUAGCAAAAUAACUUACCUCAUAACAUGAAUUGAAAGAUACAAUGAAUUUUUAGACAAUUGUUGAAUUUUUCAAGCAAAUUUCUUCAUAUAAAUGAAGAGUCAAUUCAGGAAUUUAUUCGUUUGACUUGAAAGUGUGCCAAAUUUAUCAUUUUCAUACGAACUUCAACCACUUUAGUUUCUUUUUGGAUGGGGGAGUAAUAUCUUUAAAUUAAAAAGAUUGAAUUGUAUUUGCACAAACCUACUGUAACUUCAGUUAAACUGGUUUUGCGUGUGACUGAAGCUUUUUUGCAUAUCUCGUAUUUAUUACACUGCAAAAUUAUAAUUAAUCCAAUAAAAUGUAUAGAAUAAUUAUUAGUUUUUCCAUUUAUUUUUGUAUUUGUUGAUGCAUUUUUACCGGUAGUUGUGUGACGUUUUGCAAUUUUACACGUAAUUUCCAGCAAUUGUGUUCCAAUUUAAUGUUCAAUAAAAUGUAUAUGUUUCAUCAGAUAAAA